GGUUUCCUCAAAAAAUCGAAAGGGUGAUUGGUCUUUAACUUCGAAGCUUCUAUGUUAGAAUUGGUAGACAUGUUUCAGCCAAACAUGUUUGAGAGUCCCCAUAUGUUCGAUAUGACGACAAAAAGCUCUGAAAGUGAUUUGGAGAAGCUCAAAGACGAUGAUUACGAGACUAAAUCUGGUACCGACAUGAUGGACGUUCCCUCUGGUGAUGAUCAAGAUCCAACUCAACGAGCUAAAAAGAAGCGUUACCAUCGCCACACUCAGCGUCAAAUACAGGAAAUGGAAACUUUCUUCAAGGAGUGCCCUCACCCCGAUGACAAGCAAAGGAAGGAAUUGAGCCGCGAGCUAGGUCUAGAGCCUUUACAGGUCAAAUUUUGGUUCCAAAACAAGCGCACUCAAAUGAAGGCCCAACAUGAACGCCACGAGAAUCAAAUUUUGAAGGCUGAGAAUGAAAAACUUCGAGCUGAGAACAAUAGGUACAAGGAAGCCCUUGGUAAUGCCACUUGCCCCAACUGUGGAGGCCCUGCCGCUCUCGGUGAGAUGUCCUUUGAUGAGCAGCAUUUGAGAAUUGAGAAUGCUCGUUUAAGAGAAGAGAUUGAUAGGAUAUCUGGGAUUGCUGCCAAAUAUGUUGGAAAGCCCUUGACUUCUUUUUCUCACAUUUCUCCUCAUUUACCUUCCCGUUCUCUUGAUCUUGGGUUUAGCAAUCUCGGGACCCAAUCAGGCUAUGUAGGGGAGAUGUAUGGGAGUGGUGAUCACCUUCUAAGGUCAAUAUCUGGGCCUGCGGAGGCAGAUAAGCCAAUGAUUGUUGAGCUAGCCGUUGCAGCAAUGGAAGAACUAAUGAGAAUGGCUCAGGCUGGAGAACCCUUGUGGGUUCCUGGUGAAAACUCUACGGAGAUUAUACACGAAGAUGAGUACCUGAGAACAUUCCCUAGGGGAAUUGGUCCAAAACCUUUGGGGUUAAGAUCAGAAGCUUCAAGGGAAUCUGCAGUUGUCAUUAUGAAUCAUGUUAAUCUUGUUGAGAUUCUCAUGGAUGUGAAUAAAUGGUCAAGUGUGUUUUGCGGUAUUGUCUCGAGAGCUAUGACUCUAGAAGUCUUGUCAACUGGAGUAGCAGGAAACUACAAUGGAGCCUUGCAAGUGAUGACGGCUGAGUUCCAGGUCCCAUCACCUCUGGUGCCAACUCGUGAAAAUUACUUUGUAAGGUAUUGUAAACAGCAUCCUGAUGGUACAUGGGCAGUGAUUGAUGUUUCCUUAGACAAUUUACGCCCUACUGCGAUAUCCAAGUGUCGAAGAAGGCCAUCAGGAUGUUUAAUUCAAGAAUUGCCAAAUGGUUACUCAAAGGUCAUAUGGGUUGAACAUGUUGAAGUGGAUGAUAGAUCUGUUCACAAUAUCUACAGACCUCUAGUUAAUUGUGGCCUUGCUUUUGGAGCAAAACGUUGGGUGGCUACAUUAGAGCGACAAUGCGAGCGUUUAGCAAGUACAAUGGCUAGUAAUAUUCCAGCAGGGGAUCUUUGCGUGAUAACAAGCCCAGAAGGGAGGAAGAGUAUGUUGAAGUUGGCAGAAAGAAUGGUGACUAGUUUUUGUACCGGUGUUGGUGCUUCUACUGCACACGCUUGGACAACGUUAUCAACAACAGGUUCUGAUGAUGUUAGGGUCAUGACCAGGAAGAGUAUGGAUGAUCCGGGCAGGCCUCCCGGUAUUGUUCUUAGCGCUGCAACUUCCUUCUGGAUUUCAGUUCCACCAAAGAGGGUCUUUGAUUUCCUUCGCGACGAGAACUCUCGAAGUGAGUGGGAUAUCCUCUCGAAUGGUGGUCUAGCUCAAGAAAUGGCUCACAUUGCAAAUGGACGUGACCCAGGAAACUGUGUUUCUUUAUUGCGCGUGAAUAGUACAAAUUCAAGCCAGACCAACAUGCUAGUACUACAAGAGAGCUGCACUGAUUCUACAGGGUCAUAUGUGAUUUAUGCUCCAGUUGAUAUAGGUGCUAUGAAUAUGGUCUUAAGCGGUGACGACCCAGAUUAUGUUGCUCUUCUGCCAUCAGGUUUUGCUAUACUUCCUGAUGGUCCAGGAGCACUUGGUGGAGGAGGAGGAAUUCUUGAUGUUGGUUCCGGUGGUUCUCUUCUUACAGUUGCAUUUCAGAUCUUAGUUGAUUCAGUUCCAACUGCAAAACUCUCUCUUGGAUCGGUGGCAACAGUAAACAGUCUAAUAAAAUGCACAGUUGAAAGGAUCAAGGCGGCAGUGAUGUGUGAGAAUGCACAAUAAAUCUAACAUGCGCCAAAACAAAAGUAGGGAAGAAAGGAAACAAGCAAGAAUUUGGUGUUUGCUUCCGAAAGUUGAUUAAGAGAAGAAGUCAAGAACGCACCUUACAUGAUCCUUGCCUCGUGAUUUUGUUUCUGCUCAGAGAAGUUCACCUUACAAGGGUAAAAAGGUUCGGGUAUUGACUUCAGCAACAAAGAUGAAAGUAAACUCAGACGUUGUUAUGUAUUGUUACAGUUAAUAACUUUGUUUUGUUUAGAGUAGUGUUGUUAGGGGGUCCCAGUUAGGAGUGGUAAUCUAAUUGUCUGAUCUUUUAAUUUCUUCUGU